AAACCCGGAUAUAUAAUCUCUCCCUAUAUAUUCUCCAUGCAUUGAGGUAGCCUCAACUCCCCCAGGGACCUGGCACAGAUGUGGAGCCUGUUUCACACAACUGUUACUUGAAGGAAAAAAGGAGCAAAUGAUACCAAGACAAGCUCAUAACAGAGAUCUAAUCACCAAAUGUGUAUGGAUGAAAAUACAGUGAGAUGAGUCAGAAAACGACUAAGGAGGGUCCCAGACUCUCCAAGAACCAGAAGUUUACAGAGCACUUCAGCAUACAUUGCUGCCCACCAUUCACCUUCCUCAACUCCAAGCGUGAGAUCGUGGAUAGGAAAUACAGCAUCUGUAAAAGUGGCUGCUUUUACCAGAAGAAAGAAGAGGACUGGAUCUGCUGUGCCUGCCAGAAGACCAGCACCAGACGCCGUGCAACGUCCCCUCAGAGGCCCAAGCUCCAGCCAGCUGCACCCCCCGCGGUGGUCAGAGCACCAGCCAAGCCACGGUCCCCUCCAAGGUCUGAGCGUCAACCACGCCCCCGCCCAGAGGUCCGACCACCACCAGCCAAGCAGCGCCCCCCUCAGAAGUCCAAGCAGCCAGCGCGCAGCAGCCCCCAGAGAGGGCCAGGCACCAGCCGUGGGGGGUCCCCCAUCAAAGCUUCUAGAUUGAAAAGGAGGAGCAAGCCAACCCCACGGAAAAAGUGAAGGAGGAGUUUCAAGUGAAUGGACCACCUCAGGACCUGGACUCACUGCUUCUUGACUCACGUGCUCUUGGGCAAGUCACCUAGCUUCAAAUAUGGUGCAGGGACAGACACCUGCUGAUGUGGCAACUACCAAUGCCCACAGUCCCCUUGGUGCAGGGGCUGCCGGGCAGCCUGCCUGGAGGUGAGAGGGGGCAUCUCUAUGUGUCAUACUCCAGUUGGUGGGUACCAGCAGUGCCCCCUUGGGCUCCAGAUCUCAGUACAUGGCUCUUUUGGUCUCAGCUGCAGUCCUUUCUUUCCCAGAACAUGCACAGACCUCCAGAGUCUUUGGAACAGGAUAGUCAGCCCUUUGAAGAUACCCCUCUGUUGUCUUCUGACCUCUGUCACUGCCAAUGAGAAAUAUGUUGUCAGUCUACUUGUUCUUCCAUUGACUCAAGUUUCUUCAAUCUGAAGAUAUAUAUCUUUCUUCAGGGAUGCACACAAAAAAAUAUGGUUGUAUAACCAUCAUAAUGGCAAAAAUAAAAAAUUAUCAAGUUUUUGGAAAAAUUCUGAUAAGCCACUGAUAAAAAUUUAUAGACUAUUAUAAUACUUCUGGGGUACAAACUGGGGAUGCUAGCAAAACAAGAUAUUAUAUAACUUAUGAUAAAGCAAUUAUAAUUCUAGGUACUGAUCCUGGAGAAAACUUGCAUUCAUGAGAAAAGGAGGCACACAUACAUCUAUUCAGUAAAGAAUUGUUUGCCAUUGGAAAAAAGAGAGAGAGAAAGAGAAAGAAAUUAAAAUAAAAAUGUUCACUAAUAGAAUGAGUAAAUCAACAAUGGUAUACUUAUAAAUAAAAUUCUUAACAGCAGUUAAAACAAAUGAAUCAUAUAUACCUACACCAGAUACACAAAGUUUUAAGACAAAUGAAGAAUAUAAAAAGCAAACUGAUGCCCCAUGCGUACAUUUUAAUGACCCAUAAUACUAUAAUUGUGCGAUAAGCAGAAACCAUGAUAUCUCAAAUGCUCUCUAUAAUGGAAUAGAUUUAAAAAAUGACAACAAAAAAUGAAAGCCUAUCUAAAAAAUAUCUAUCCUCCAGAAGUCAAAAGGAUAUAUGAAAUAAUUCCUGGCUUGAAGAAAUAAGAGAUUAAAAGCUAUAUAGUAAUAGUCAACAAUAUUAGCCAGACACAAAGGAGUUUGGCGGGAUAAGUGGGAGACUCAUGAUCAGCCUGGGGUCUUUCCAAGGUUACAAGUCUUAGAGAACAGAACACUUGCUCAUUUUGGACCUGGGUUGUGCUGUGGCUUCAAACAGGUUUCUGACAUGUGGACAAAGGGGUGGAGUUAGAAUACACCAUCCCUCCCAACCUUCCUGUAGCAAUAGUUAGGAAAGCACAGUAGAAGAUAAUGGAAUGUUGCAGAAUGUGGAGGGAUGUAAAAUGGGUAGUAUUAGUAGAGGAAGCUCAGGAGAGCGAGGGCAUCUGAAGCAGUCUUGUGCUGGGGGUUGGGUGGCCAAGCACAGGCAGAUGCCUGACACUCCAACAAGGCUGUGGCUCUGUGUCCUUGAGUGAGCACAGCCAGACCCAGCCAAGUUUAAAAGGCAAGUGGGAAUAUGGGGCAAUGCCAGAGGAAGUCUGCUUAAGGUGUGGGGCUGGGGGGAGAGGGAAACCAGAGAGUAGGGAGGAAAAAUGCUAGACUCAGGUAAGAUCCAGCUCAGAAGACUAUUCCUCUGCAAAGCAGAAUCAGGCCAAGUACUCCCAAGGCAACUGGAAGAACAAGUCAGAGCAUUUGGCUUCCUCAGCUGGGGAGGCCACUUCUCUGGGCAAGUGGCAAUAAAAAGGCAGGGGAAUUGAGCUACACAAAGCCCUCAGGUAGAAAUGUUUCUCCUGCCUAAACUCGGGUGCUAAAUGAACAACAAAAUGAGAACCUCUACUAUGAACACUUUUUAACUAUGAGAUAUGUGAGGCCAUUACAUUCCUGGGAAUGACACCAGGGGUGCCAUGACAGUCCACUAGAAAGAUCAAAUUUGUCGGCCAGCCCCACUCAGACCUAAUAAGGAAACUUAAUAUUCCUUCAGCCCAUUUUAGCAAAGCCAGACCUCAUACUUAGUAACUUCCUUGGUUCUAUCCUCUAUAUUACUCAGAAGAUACAGAUAUUACAGAAUGCAAAAUCGAGAAGAAAAGAGCAUGGUGUGUAUUAACUUAUGUAAAAAACUGGAUAAUACCACAGAAAUGUUAAUAACUAGAAAUUACUGAAUUGUCUGUGUUUGUCUGUUGUGGAAAUAAAACCCCUGGGGAUGGAUCAAAAAUAUCUGGAAAUUACUUGAAACUAGUGGAUAACUAAAUGGAUAUUAUAACUAAAAUGUGCUAUAAUCCAAUUGUGGCUUUUUUUUUUUUUUGUCUUCUAAGUGUUGGUUCUGGGAAGCAUUAUGCCAUGAAUAUUGCAAAAAUUACAUAAAGCUCCAAAUGCUAUUCUAUGUAAACUUCUUAAGUGGGGAUUCUUGACCGUAAUGUUUGGCAUAUUAACUCUGAUAAUUCUGUAUGUUAAUUGAUUUUAUGUUCUGAUAUUUUGACUGGUUUUAGAAAACUGAGUUGUCCCAAAGCUGAGCCCAGAGUUGUCUUGUAAAUGCCUGACAACUGGCUUUUUGGGUGGAAAGCUCUGAUUUAUAGUGUUUGACGAUUUCCAUGGUGUAAACACUUGGCUAUGGUUGAUUGCGCGCUGUGAGCAUGAUGUCACUGAGUGCAGAAUCAGGGGUGAUGAAUGCAGCCGACUCUUGUAAGUUGGUGUACCCACUAGUACCCAAGGGCAGGAAAUGCAGUUUUUUCAACUAAAAAUCCUGUCACAUAGAUAUACAAAGGCCCUAGUGAAAGAACAAAUAAGAAGGAAAAAUCAAAUCAAAUCAAACUGGGAGCUCAAACAGAUAAUUGACAGUGGAUUUUUUUUUUUAAUUUUAAGAAGGGGUAUUUGUAUAUCAUCUGCAUUUUAUUGUCUUUUAUUAUGCAAACAAGGCAUCAGGGUGUCACACUGAGUGCUCUGAACUCUUAGUUUCUUUGGUGUUCUCCUACACAAAGGCUUGGGCUCCUUCCCUUCCAGAUAUUAGUGUGAAGACAGUGCUAACCAAAGAAUCAAUGGGAGCUCCACACUUUGGAACCAGUUUCAGGAUGGCUGAGCUGAAGUUCACAACAGAAGAAAAGAUAUGAGCCUUCUGAAUUUAGGGGAGGCAAUGCUGAUAUUUAGAACUAUGGUUUGGUAUGAUAAAUACAGAGCUUUUUUAAAAUUAACAUUAAUGAAAACAAGGAAAAUGAGUUGUUGAAAAAUUGAAAUGGAUGAAUAAACUCUUCUAUCAGAGUAAGGAAAGAAGAACUUACUAAAAUAGAGGUGAAUUGAAAAUAUCAGUACAAAUUCUGAACAUUUUUUAAAGGAGACUUUAUCUGUUCUGUCCCUACAAUGAUUCAUGCUGUUGGAUAUUUUUGCUAUCAUCUUGCCAAAUUCCAGUCAGAAUGUAGAACAAGCUUAUUUGUAGAACUAGUGCCUGUGGCUUCUAAAACUAUUCACUAGUGAAAAAGACAAAUGCCCUUGGGGGAUAGUUGAUUUCAUAAUUCUGGGCAGAGGAAAAAUAUCAGGAUUAGCUUGUCGAUCUUAGGGAUGUUGAAAGAAAGCAAAGUUGCCCUAGGGUAUCAAAGAGCCAUAAGUCCAUAAUGAU